GGUCAGGAGCGUUGGACCUACACACAGCCGCUGUCAUGUCUUCCAAACAGACCAAGAAGAAGGAUUCUGCCCACCGUUUAAGCUCAGCGCAGGGUCAAACUCCGAAAGACAUGGCAUCUGUGGUUGCUAGCACAGUAACUGCAUCAAUUGAGUUUAAAAAAGGAACAUUUUCUAUAUGGCCAGAGUGGAAUGAAGCAGAUGUAAACUUUGAGAAAUGGGAUGCAGGAAAAGCCAGUAAAGAGAAGGAGAAAGCUGGAAAAAGUCCAGCACUUCAACAUUUCUUUGAUGAUCCUGAAGGAAAGAUUGAAUUGCCGGCUAAUUUAAAAGUUCAUUGCUGGAAGCGUCCUCACGAGUUCAUAACAAAUACGACUCCAGUAGUUGUGAAGGAUGAAACCUCCUUUGAUAUGAUGUUAGCAAAUGAGCAUUUAAUGGAGAGUGAGCUUAUGAGAUGGAUAAUUAGUGAGGUCAGUACUGUCUGGAGAAUUUAUAAUGAAAAUCUGACAGACAGUAAGGCUGCACCAGCUGAUCUAGCAACACUGGCAUGGAAGCCAUGGGAACACAUCUAUGCCCUUUGCAAAGCUGUAAAAGGGCACAUGCCACUCUACAACAGCUAUGGGAAAUACAUUGUCAAACUGUACUGGAUGGGGUGCUGGAGAAAAAUUGUAGUGGACGAUACUUUUCCAUUCAGUGAAGAUGACGAGUUGCUUCUUCCAGCAACAACGUGUGAAGCUGAACUGUGGCCAAUGUUAUUGUCCAAAGCUAUAAUUAAGCUCGCAAGUAUAGAUACCAAUGGAUUUGCAAAACCAGAACUAGGAGAAUUUACUGUUUUGCAUUCACUAACCGGUUGGCUUCCAGAGGUCAUACCUCUUCAAGAUGAUUUUCUCAAUGAUGUCUGGGAUUUUUUUAAAAGAAUAGUUCCUGAAUUUACACUACCUGCUGAUGAACCUCCGGAAUCCAAACCUGCUGUGACUGAAGAAAAAAUGAAAGACAGCAAACUAGCAGAGGCUAAACCUGAGAUAUCCAUACCUGUCAUUGUAAAGCCACCUGAAAAACCCAAUAAAGAGAAGUCGGACUCAAAGGACACUGGGAAAAAGAAAGGAGAGGAAGAAAAAACAAGGUCAGCUGCUCAUUCUGCACGACCUCCAUCAGAGUCAUUAAACACGCUGCAAGAUUGCCUGAAAGCCAGGCCGUUCUUAACCAGGAAAGGUUUGCAAGCUCCCUCUGGCACUCACCUGUUGGCCAUGAGGCAACCAAUCAUUGUGAUAGGCCAAAAAAGAUUUAUGAGGAAUUUGGCUGAUUCAUCAGAAAACUUGAGACACUAUGGGUUAUCUCACAUGUACAGUCAUCCAGUACUUGUGUCUAGGACUAGUUCAUGCCCACCAAAAUCACCUCCUGUUCCUCGAUGGAAACUCAUAAGACAAAAAGAAGUGACUGUAACAGAUGAAGCCAAAGCGCGAGUAGAGAAAAAACCUGACCAGUUUGUAGAAAUCAGCACGCCUUUCCUGAACUUUGGACUAAAUCUGCUUAGUGUGCCCUCUGAAGGAAAUGUUACUUGCACUUCCAGAAAAAGCUCCUUUCUGAUGUCCUGUCUAGCGUCUGUCAGUGAGAUGGAAGAGAAUGUCCAGGAAAGCAGUGCAGUGAAGGAAAAUAUACAACUAAGUUUUGGAGAAGAGACUCAGGAGUGGAAAGACCACUUGCUUGAAGAGGCGCACACUGUCCCUUUAAGAGGAGGUCCAGUGCGUGUGCCUGUCUCCUUCUGCACGGCUUUGGACGAAGAGACGGGCGGAAAUACAGAGGCAGCAGCUGCCGGGCUCAGAGCUGCAGGCAGCUGCGUGCCCGGUCUCCGGCUGCACGAGGAGACCACCCGACAGCGCAGGACCCCGCGAUGCAGCCUGCUCAGCCUCUCCUCUGCUUCCUUCUGCUCUAUCCGGGAGACACUUCCUGGUGCUAUCAGCCGGGCUUCACAUGAUCUCGGCGCCACCUUCUGGUCACGUCAUACUCAAAUACCAGACAUGUCAAGUCAGCCGCAACCCUUCACAGAGAAAGAAGGCAUUGAGGAAUUACAGCAAGUCCCAAAGCAAACAUGGAUGGAUUUUUCUGACUUUUGCAAAUGUUUUCAGACAUUGUAUAUCUUCCACAAGCCAAACACGUACCUCUAUACAUUCCAGAAAUCAGAUCUCAAGACAACAGAUGAUCGAGAUCGAGGAUCCUACUUUCUAUUUGUUGACAAUGUGAAGCCUACGGAAAUAUUGGUUAGCUUUUCAGCCCUGGUGUACUCUGGUGAUUCACACCCGAAACCAUAUUCUGGAAGACAAAAAGGUACUCUAUUAGCAGAACAGUUUUCUUGGAAAAGCCUCCUGAGUGGACCAGUUGUGUUAAAGCUAAAUACUUAUGUGAACAAAGCGUCUGUGAUAAGUCUUCCUCCUGGGCGUCAUGUCUUACACUUCACUGCAAGUUCACCCUUAGGGCAUCAUAUCCACCUAUGCAGUACAGUGCCAUUUGUCUUUGGGGAUGAGGAAACUAUUAUGCCAUAUCUUGACAAGGAAAGCUACCGCUUUAUGGGGAAGGCAACAAGUAUAAUAACCGCUAUAUUAAAUGUGAUGCGUAACUUUAGCAAUGAAAAUGAAUUGGCUAGGACAUUUAAAGAGUUGAAGUUAGCACACUAUUCUGAGCAAAUCAAAUCAAAGCACUUGGGAAAAACCGAAGAACACUUCAAGGCUUUUAACAUUGCUUUGUGGAAACUUAUGAAAGAUGCUGUGGGAAACAAAAUUACGUUUGACUUGGUAUUUGCAUUUCGAGCCUUCACAUUGGAUUUUUCCACUAUUUUGUCUACAGAAUCUCCUUCCUUACAAGAAUCAAAAUCUGAAGUCCCUGCUUCUUGGCAAAAUAGAACAGCUACAGCAUUUGAAGAAACGGGUGCAAUUAAACUGCAAGCUUGGUGGAGAGGACUGUUUGUUAUGAAAUGCUGGAACGCCAGAAAAUCAGGAACCAAAGAAAAUACAAUGGUUAAGACAACGCUGGACAAAAUUUGUGUUGCUGUUGAAUCAAAUGAUGAUCGCUGUGGUAUUAGCCUUUUGAGAUACUUAUUCAAACACAGCGCUGCUUCACAUGAUUACUCCUGCUAUGAAGAUGAUCGAUACAGGAUAUCCUUCACUGAUUAUACAGUUACCUACGCAGAUCAGCCUGCAAACUCAUGGUUUGUAGUGUUCAGGGAAGUAUUUCAUGUCUCAGAAGAUAUGCUGGUCGCACCCAAGAUGUAUACUACCAUCCCAGUCUGUGCACUCCAUGUCAUAAACAAUGAUACACUGGAGGAAAUCCCCUGGCUGUUCAACAAAGUAGCACCUCACAUGUAUACCAAGAACAAGAAGGGAUACACAUUUAUGGCAGAGGCACAUACCGGAGAGUUUGCUUUGUCAUCUGGGAAAUGGAGACUAAGACUUAUUGGUGCCUAUCACCCUUUGCCAUCGCUCUCUCGUGACUUGGUAAACAAUGCAUUUUCUACAAAAGAAAUCAGAGACUACUAUAUACCUCAAAGCAAAUACUUGAUAUUUAGGUACGCCGUAAAAGCAGCAAUAGAGCAUAUUGCAACAGUUCACGUACAUACCUCAAAGUCGGACGUAUUCAUCAAACUACAGAUCUUUGAUAAGGAUGAAGAAGUUCUAAGUGUCACUGGGAAAGGUCAAGCACUGAUUCCUGCGUUUUGUUUCCUUCCUAAUGAAAGAUCUUUACGUUCUUAUUCAAGCAAAAGCCAGGUCUUGUCAAAUGGAACAAAGAAUGGGAGGAAUGGCUCAGGUGGCAGCCAGAGAAACAGCAAGCCUUCAUCAAGACCUGGCAGUACAACUGCAACACAACCUACAGAAGAGAAUGAAAGCAAUGAAGAGAAAACACCCAGCCCACAGCCGGCACACAAGUAUAUUAUACAAGCAACAGUAUUACAUAAAAGCUGGAUGCUCACAGAGAGCCAGACUGCUUUUGUUCGCUCCCUUAAAGAAGUGGAAAAACAUGAAAUUAAAGAUAAGCCGGAAGAAACCGUAUCAGAGACUUGCAACAACCCAGAAAGCCAGAAACCUGUAAGCACACCAAAGACUGCCAGAAAGGGCAAAGAUAAAACAGAGAAACCCGAAAAGGAAAAAUCUGGCAAAGAGAGGGAUAAAGACAAAGAGAGACUGCAAUCAGCUCCUACAUUGAGACCAGAAUCUCAGGUCCAACAGCAGAUUGAUUCUAACAAGCCAUUCUGGACUCUGCGACUAGUCAGUGAGACAAGUGAGGCAGAGACCCUGGAAGUCAAGAGAGAUACAGAGCGCAUGGAUGAAAUAAGAGCCAUAAAACAAGCAUGGGAGGCAGCAGAACCAGGCCGAGCUGUCAAGGCCUUGCAGUCACGCUUGCAGUAUGUGAAUAAGUACCUACAGAAACCCAGCACUGAAGCUACAGAAGAUGUUGUUCAAGACAGCCAAAUUGUUACUGAAGAGGAAGUUCUGCCAGCUGCUAAAGUACAGGAGCAUGCGAUAUCAAAUCCACCUGCUCCCAAUAAGCAAGAAACUUUUGAUUUAACACCUUUUAUUAGAAAAACUAAGCCAGAACCAAUAUUAAGAGAUGAGUGUGUCAUUCAGCAGCAAGUAUUGCAGAAAGCAGAGGAGAUCAGACAAUUCAAGCAGCUAAGGGAAGAGGUUAUACAGCAAAGAGACCUGGAGAAAAAUACACGAGAUUUGUUGAAGCAGAAAGUUCUGCAGAUGUAUGAAAAGUUACAGAUGUCACUUGAUAAUGCCCGUGAGAACAUUCUCAGUGCCCGGGAGCAGUACCGAAAUAAAUUGUUGGAAGCUGAGAAAAGAAAGCAAGAAAUUCAGGCAGCCAGUGAUGCUGUUGCUACCGCAGAAUUGGUGAAGAGUCCAUCAGCCCAGAAAAGAAAAAGCGCAAAAAGUGCUAAAAAGAACAAAUAG